AAAACAAACAGCGCUCCCUAAUCCCACGGUCGACUCCACACUAUCCACAUUCGGACCAAGAGGUUUGCUUUAGUUCAGUAUAUUUUGCCGUACGAACUUGUAAUAACUGUUCAAUUAUAGGCGAGCUAAAUUAGCGUUGUGAUAGGACCCCACUGGAAUUUGUUUAGCAACUUGCGGGAAAAGUUUGGAACGCAUGCACUCGCUACAAAGUUGCAAACAACGUUUUUUUUAAUGGAUGCUUCGGCUGUGAAAUUCGGAAAGGGGGCGCAGGCUGGGGUCGUAGGCUAUCUGAUCUGACUUUAUAAACAGACAGUAUCCUGUUGCGAGCAGAGUCAGCUGGCUCACGGAGGAGAGGACGGAGCUUCUUCUCGCUAUUAUUCGGAUCUUUGUCCAUUCCGGAGUAGGCCUAGGCAUAAUUGCUUCCGUGGGAUAGCUAACACAUUACGGGAGAAACUGUAAUUCAACUUCAGGUCGGGAUCUUCACGUCAGAAUACCGCUUGACAGUGCUCUCUCUCCGCUGCCUGGACUGGACAGAAGCCUGGUAAUCUUUUACUUUGAGAGGGACGAGGGUUUGGAUUUAAUCCUUUCGUUUCAAUUGUUUACUGUGUUUAACAUUGUUUUUAUUGGCUAGCCUACUUGUUAUUUUAUUUUGGACAGAACGUUUUUUUGUGACAGUUGUGGCUCGAAUCUUAAAUCAGAUCAUAGUUUAUACACAUUUUGUAAUUCACUUCAAGAUGGAUAAAUACGACGAUUUGGAUCUUGAGGCAAGUAAAUUUUUAGAAGACCUCAAUAUGUAUGAGGCAUCUAGGGACGGGUUGUUCCGAGUGAAGAGGGAUGCAGGGAACAACUCCGACUUUGAAGAAACCAGGAGGGUUUUUGCUUCCAAAAUGACAAAAAUCCACAUACAGAAACAGCAAGAGGAAAUAGCCAAAAACAAUUUGGCAGUGAGAAUGAACGGGGGUCACAACAGAGCGGCAGACAGCACGUUUUACACCAAAGACAGGCCGCCUAUCAAUAGCUACAGACAGGCAGGAGAAGCUGCGGCCAAGCCUCCCAUACUCUCUGGCCCUAUGCCAGGCACCGCCAGUGGCGCGAGUCAGUACGCGCCCUAUGACGCUCUGAAACACCAUUCACCCAGUCAACAGCCAUACAGCUACGGAAACAAUUACGAUAACAAGGACCGUUUUGAGCCGCAUUCUUACCACCACGCCUUGAGUCCCACCAGCCCAGGGAAUGCACCGAAACAUGCUUCUGGUCACCCUGCCAGUCCCUCUGUCACUUGGGCCUCUUACUCUUCCAGCCCUGGUGGAUCAUCAGGGCUUAUGUGCAGCCCACCUCAGCAGCCCCCACACCACUCACCAUCUCCCUCCUUCUCCGACAGCCUACCAUCUCCGAGCCCCACUAGACUGCACCAGAGCAAGGCUGCCACUCUACUAGUGCGGCAGAGACCCCCCAUGGUGGCUGGGGCUGCAGCAGACUGGAUGCGGAGCUUGGGGAACCCAGAACUGAUUGCACCGCUCCCUCUGAGUGCCUUCACUGGCGGAGCUGACCUGUACCAGCAUCUGUCUCCACAACCUGCCCCUGUUACACCGCCAACAGGCCCUUACUCAGCAGCACCCUGCAUGGCCCCAAGACCAACCGCCAACCAGGGAAAUCUACGCCAGAACGGGCUCUCUCAGAGUCCUGUGGCUCUCACUCCCAGCCCCACCCCUGCUCAAGGGGCUGUCCCAGCCCCACCUGUACACCCAUCUGAGACAACCCAGCCCAAAGCCACUACUGGAGCUUACUUCCCUGCCUCUGCCUCUCCCUCUGGAACCAGUGUCUCUAGAAGCUUUGGCCAGGGUCAAGGUAUAGGCCAGGCCCAGGGCAGGCAAGUGGCCAUGGGGGUGGAUGUGCCCUCUGGCCUAGACAGCCAGCUGUCCUCUGGUGGUGUGGCUUGCCAGCUCCAACACCAGCCCCAGUCUCUCAAACUGCCCUGCCAGACUCUCCAUGUCCAGCCGGAGCAGGGGCCGUCUGCCGCCGAGAUCAAAUUAGAAGCCCUGACCAAGCGUCUGGAGAAGGAGAUGGACGCCCAGCCAAAGGCAGACUACUUCGGGAGCUGUGUGAAGUGUAACAAGGCGGUGUACGGAGCCACUGCGGCCUGCCAGGCUAUGGGAAGCCUCUAUCAUGAUGUCUGCUUCACCUGCAGCGCCUGCAGCAGAAGGCUACGGGGGAAAGCAUUUUACUACGUCGGUGGGAAGGUGUUCUGUGAAGAGGACUUUCUGUAUUCUGGAUUCCAGCAGUCUGCAGACAAGUGUAACGCAUGCGGACAUCUGAUCAUGGAUAUGAUCCUGCAGGCCCUUGGGAAGUCCUACCACCCUGGCUGUUUCCGUUGUGUCAUCUGUAACGACAGUCUGGACGGAGUGCCCUUCACUGUGGACACAGAGAACAAGAUUUACUGUGUCAAAGACUACCACAGGGUCUUGGCCCCCAAAUGUGCAGCAUGUAACCAGCCCAUUCUGCCUUCAGAGGGCUCUGAUGAAACCAUCCGAGUGGUAUCCAUGGAUAAAGACUACCACGUGGAGUGCUAUCACUGUGAAGACUGUCAGAUGGAGCUGAACGACGAGGAGGGGCACCGCUGCUACCCGCUGGAUGGCCACCUCCUCUGCCACGCCUGUCACCUGAAGCACAUCGAGCCAGGCUGCGCCUCACCCACCGCUGCCUCCUACCAGCACCAGUUCUAGUUUUAGGAUCUAGUGCAUGGUGCCACCAGGUGGCCCUCUGAACUAACUGCCAAUAACCAACCACAACCAAUCUGCCCCAAAAAAUCUGUCUAUAAUGGUUUGAAUGAUAAUGUAUGCCUUUACUGUACAUCUCUGAUGUAAGUUAGGUCUCUGUUAGGGUUAAUUGUGCGAUUGGUUGAUUGAUUGAUUGCGUGUGUGGGAGUGUGCGUGUAAAUGAGAUUGACCUGUUAUAAUUUUUUUAUGAAAAAAUCUAUUUCUCUAUUGAAGACAAUGUUUAUUAGUUGUAAAGUGUUGAACUUUCAUCUGACACAAAUGUUAAUACUCUGGAAAUAUUUUUUAAAUACAUAUAUAUUUAAAUACCAAUGCCAAAGCACAGUUGUAUUUUAAUGACUGAUACCAAAACAAUUAAGCAUGGAAUUAUAACAAUACAAUUUAUAGUCUCAAUUAGGUGCAUUGUGUGUAAAUAAAUAUGCAUUUCAUGUGCUUGUGUAAAUAUCCUGAUCUUCAUUUUCCCCUUUGUGUGCCACCAAUUUCAGUUGCUCAGUUUGAAUCAAUGUGUUUGUAGAUACUGAUACAGUAGACAUAGUUUGCAUAGCUGAAUAGAGCAAUUGCCCAGUUUUGUUGUAUGUCUCCGUGUGUGGGUUAUGAAGGUGCGUUUCCAUUACAUUUUUUUACGUGAAAUACCUUCAUUACUCAUUGUAGCUUAUAUGCAGGUAGUGUCUAGAAAGACUAAGUUAGCAAUUUAAUACACAAACUGUACAUGGUCCUGUAUUAUUCCAUGUCAGUGGGAAUCAUGUUGUAUUAGUAUUACAUUUCUAUUGUUAAAUGAACCCUGGAUGUUCUGUUCCCAACACUGAUACUGGGCUAAUAUUCCCACUGUCCUCUGUCACACACCACUCAUAGAAUAUACUUUCUAAAUCAAAUCAAAUCAAAUGUAUUUAUAUAGCCCUUCGUACAUCAGCUGAUAUCUCAAAGUGCUGUACAGAAACCCAGCCUAAAACCCCAAACAGCAAGCAAUGCAGGUGUAGAAGCACGGUGGCUAGGAAAAACUCCCUAGAAAGGCCAAAACCUAGGAAGAAACCUAGAGAGGAACCAAGCUAUGUGGGGUGGCCAGUCCUCUUCUGGCUGUGCCGGGUGGAGAUUAUAACAGAACAUGGCCAAGAUGUUCAAAUGUUCAUAAAUGACCAGCAUGUUCGAAUAAUAAGAAGGCAGAACAGUUGAAACUGGAGCAGCAGCACGGCCAGGUGGACUGGGGACAGCAAGGAGUCAUCAUGUCAGGUAAUCCUGGGGCAUGGUCCUAGGGCUCAGGUCCUCCGAGAGAGAGAAAGAAAGAGAGAAGGAGAGAAUUAGAGAACGCACACUUAGAUUCACACAGGACACCGAAUAGGACAGGAGAAGUACUCCAGAUAUAACAAACUGACCCUAGCCCCCCGACACAUAAACUACUGCAGCAUAAAUACUGGAGGCUGAGACAGGAGGGGUCAGGAGACACUGUGGACCCAUCCGAGGACACCCCCGUAGUGUUAACUUCUAUUAGAUUAUUAACCCAAAUAUGGCAGUUAUUUCUGGGUCAACAAUGUUUCCAAAAUCCCUGCACACAAUUACCACCUAAGAAAAUAGAUAACUAGGUUUAUUCUAUUCCAAUAAACCCCUGAAUUCAAUAUCUAUGAACAACCCCUGAUAACCCAUUUUGGUUUGUAGUGACAAAAAAAGUUACUCUAAAUGAUUAAGUUUCAGUAGGCUUAGUCUAUCAUAGUUCAUGAUUUCUUAUAUUUAUCCUUGUUUGAAAAAAAUCCCAUGGUCAUUAAUCAUAUGUUCAAAGUAUGUGAAGUAUUCCAGUCGUUUACUGUAUUUAAAAAUGAUUUGAGAGAUGUCCAUAUCAAAUAUUUAACAAAAAUAAAUGCAUUGUAAUAGAU